UUUGUACUUGCAUGAAUUUUCAAAGUGCCAGGGUUUAUGACCUCUCUUCUCCUUCUAAUCCCUCUCUUCCUCUCUCUUAUUAUUACCCUCCAAUGGCCUCACUUUGCACUGCCUCACUCACAGAAUGCACCUGUGUUGAUACUGAAAUAAGGCCUUGACCCACCUUUCAUACUUACCCUUUUUGCCACUGCCCUUUUUGUCUCCCAACUCUGGCACACACAAAGCUUGGGAGGCUUGCAGCCAUGGGGGUCUCUUCUCAGAGCACCCCUUUUAGACCUUCUUACUAUUGCCCCUCUUGUUCCCGCCCCUUUCGUGUUGCUCUCUCUUCUUGGUCCCUUUUGUCUCCACCCCACCCCAGGGGAAGAAAAAUCCUAACAAUCCAGACUGCCAACCAUGUCCUUCAACGUAGCACAUUGUCUAGUAAUUCUGUUCAAUUCAGAGAAGGUUUAUACUGUCCAAAGAGAACGUCUUUUGGGUUGAAUAAAUGUAAUGACAUGGAGUAUAGCCGUAUAUCCCCAGUACAUAUUUCAGUUAUGAAAUUUUCAAAUGUGUCAUAUGGCAUGUUGGAGGAAAUGACACAUGAAGAGCUGGGUUCAUUACGUUCCAGUAAUAGACAAGUAAGGAUGGUGGGUUGGGCUCCUCAAAAUUUUGGAUUGCCCAGAACCUCUGCUAAUAAAAAAUGUGGGAAUGAAAGAGACUGGGUUAAGGAAAGUAUUAAAUUGUCUGAAAGAAAAAAGAAUAUGCAUGCUCUGAGUAAGUGCAGUGUUGCAUCUAAUACAAUUACUUCCACUGGUCAGGAACAAGCUGUUUCUGUGAAUGGGGGGCACAAUCUUGUGCAACAGGAUCUUGGUGAACCUGCCUCAUCUUCAGUCAAACAUUCUAUAUUAAACAACUCAAACAUGUUGAUAGACACUAAAAGGGUGGGCACCCAGUUAAAUGUACCUUCAUUAGAGAUCUGUAAAGAGAAAGUUGAUAGAGUUAAUGGCAAUCACAGUUCGGGUACAACUGCAAAGGAUGCAACUAAUGCAACAUCUGUUAAAAAGACACGUAGUAGGGAGGAACAAUCAAAACUUUGUGACAGGCUUUGUAGUAUCUAUGAAGAUGUAUUGGUUGUUAAUGAUAUUUCUCUUGCAGAGAAAGUUGCUAAGAUGCUUACAGUAAAUUACAGGCAUCUUAUUCAUGCAUGUGAUACUGAGGUGGCAAAGAUAAAUGUCAAACAAGAAACACCUGUAGAUCAUGGGGAAAUAAUAUGUUUUAGUAUUUAUUCGGGGCCAGAGGCUGAUUUUGGAGGUGGAAAGUCCUGUAUUUGGGUAGAUGUUCUUGAUGGUGGAGGCAAAGAGAUCAUGAAUAAGUUUGCUAGAUUUUUUCAAGAUUCAUCCAUCAAAAAGGUCUGGCAUAACUAUAGCUUUGACUGCCAUGUUAUACAAAACUAUGGAUUUAAAGUUUCUGGAUUUCAUGCUGAUACAAUGCAUAUGGCAAGACUAUGGGAUUCAUCAAGACGUUGGGUUGGUGGUUAUUCUCUUGAAGCACUCACAGGUGACAGAGAGGUCAUGUCUAAGGCUAAGCUGGACCAUGAAAAGGAUUUGAUUGGUAAAGUGUCAAUGACAACUAUAUUUGGUCAGAAAAAGGUGAAGAAAGAUGGAUCUGAGGGUAAAAUGAUCACCAUUGCUCCUGUUGAAGUGCUGCAAAGAGAUGAGCGUAUACCUUGGAUAUGUUACUCUGUCUUAGAUGCUAGAAGCACUCUGAAGCUUUAUGAGAGCCUAAAGAGUCAUCUGUCAGGUAUGCCCUGGAAUCUUGAUGGAGUACGUGUUUUACACAAAAACAUGUAUGAUUUCUACCAGGAAUAUUGGCAGCCAUUUGGAGAGCUUCUGGUCAAAAUGGAAUCUGAGGGAAUGCUAGUUGAUCAGUUAUAUCUUAAAGAGAUAGAAAAGGUGGCCAAAGCAGAGCAAGAGGCAGCUGUUAAUAGAUUUCGAAAAUGGGCAUCUAGGUAUUGUCCUGAUGCCAAGCAUAUGAAUGUUGGAAGUGAUGCACAGUUGCGUGUACUGCUCUUUGGUGGCACUGUGAACAGAAAAAACCAUAAUGAGGUAAUUCCAACCGAGCGGAUUUUCAAAAUUCCCAAUCUUGAUAAAGUGAUUGAAGAAGGGAAAAAGGCGCCCACAAAAUUUCGUGAUAUCAAGAUGAAUAGCAUUGGAUAUAACCUAAAUGUUGAGACGUACACGGCAAGUGGUUGGCCCUCAGUUAGUGGUGAUGCUUUAAAAAUCCUGGCGGGCAAAGUUUCUGCUGAAUAUGACUUCAAUGAGGAAUGUGACUUGGAUCUUGAAGAUGAAGAUGGAAAUCCUCCUCAAAAUGAAGUUGCACCUGUUGAAAUAGACAAUUCUGCUUAUGGAACAGCUUUAAAUGCUUUUCCAACAUAUGAAGAAGGGAGAGAAGCUUGUCAUGCAAUUGCCGCACUAUGUGAAGUCUGUUCAAUCGAUUCUUUGAUCUCUAAUUUCAUCCUUCCCUUGCAGGGACAUAAUAUAUCAGGAAAGGAUCAGCGUGUUCAUUGUUCCAUAAAUAUCAACACAGAGACAGGACGCUUGUCAGCAAGAAGGCCAAAUCUGCAGAAUCAACCUGCUUUGGAAAAGGACCGGUACAAAAUCCGUCAAGCAUUUAUAGCUGCUCCAGGGAAUUCUCUUAUAGUUGCUGAUUAUGGACAGUUGGAACUUAGAAUUCUUGCACAUCUUGCUAAUUGUAAGAGCAUGUUGGAAGCCUUUGAAGCUGGUGGAGAUUUUCAUUCAAGAACUGCAAUGAAUAUGUACCCAUUUAUUCGUGAAGCAGUUGAGAAAAAAGAAGUUCUUCUUGAGUGGCAUGCUCAGCCUGGUGAAGACAAACCCCCAGUUCCUCUCCUGAAGGAUGCCUUUGCUUCUGAAAGAAGGAAAGCCAAAAUGCUUAACUUCUCAAUUGCAUAUGGAAAAACUCCAGUUGGGCUUUCCAAGGAUUGGAAGGUUUCUGUUAAAGAAGCUAAAAGAACAGUUGACCUUUGGUAUAAUGAUAGAAAAGAGGUGCUUAUAUGGCAAGAGGAACGCAAAAAAGAAGCUUGCGAAUCUCAAUGUGUUCACACAUUGCUAGGACGAGCCCGGCGGUUUCCUAAAAUAGACCCAGCUUACAGCUACCAGAAAGGUCAUAUUGAGCGAGCUGCUAUUAAUACUCCAGUGCAGGGUAGUGCAGCAGAUGUUGCCAUGUGUGCCAUGUUACAAAUAUCCAAUAACAAGAAGUUGAAGGAGCUUGGAUGGAAGUUACUUCUACAGGUUCAUGAUGAAGUCAUAUUGGAAGGGCCAACAGAGUCCGCUGAGGUCGCGAAGGCCAUAGUUGUUGAGUGCAUGUCAAAACCCUUUAAUGGCAAGAACAUUCUUAAAGUUGGUCUCUCUGUCGACGCCAAGUGUGCACAAAACUGGUAUACCGCAAAGUAGGUCAUGAAAUGCCGUGAUGGUUGGUUUUCCACCCUUGAUUUCAUACAAAGGCCAUGGCUGGAUUUGAGAGAGAUGUUUUCUCGUUCAUUUGGCAUUGGUUGUAUCUUGCAUGGUUCCUUUGGUGAGUGUAAUCAAAAGAGGCUUCUAAAGGGUGCCUUCAAUUUUCAUGGGAGUAGUUCUAGUGCCCUUGAUAUUAUCCUCCUUGAUUUGUAGAGGUUUUUGACAUCUUAGGAGGAGUAGGUCUAUUGUGAUGUUUUGGUAAGCAUGGCAUUUUUAACUCUGAAGGAUGAAGCACAAAGGGCCAAAAUCACUGGUGUCGACAUUUGACUGCAUUUUUAGCCGUUCUCCUUUUAUUUUUGAAUGUAUACAUAGAUGUCAUUCCUUGCAUCUUGUACUAACAUGGCCCUCAUGGCUUGAUUCAACUGUAUCAUUUUGUAUUGUAUAUAAUAUGAAAUUUGCUGAAUUUGUAGCUAAUUUUUUUUCUGUACAACUUCAGUAGGAUCCUCAUGAAUUGGUAUUUUUUUAGAAAAUCUAAGUUUUACAUUAAGAAUUUUCAUGCUAAUGGGUUGUAGACGUAGCAAAAUGUACGAUGUGCUUUUGAGAAAGGUGGAAUAUUCAUUCGGUUAGAGC